AUGACCCAGCCAGCUACUUUGGCGUCGGAUUAUUCCAACGAGGUUGCUCAGGAGCCAAUAGAGCACAGAUUCAACCCUUACACAGGCAUUGCAGGUGAGGACUUUGCCGUUCUUGCUGGUGACACAAGAAAUACAUCCGGCUACAACAUUAAUUCGCGUUAUGACCCAAGAGUUUUCGAUGUGGGAGACAAUCUAUUGCUCACAGCCAACGGUUUUGCAGCAGACUCUGCUCAAUUGAUCAGCGUGUUCAAGAAUCAAUUGGAAUGGUACCAUUUUGAUCAUAACAAGGCAUUGAGUCCCCAGAGCGCAGCCAGAUUCAUACAGCAUCUUCUUUACGGUAAGAGAUUCUUCCCAUACUACGUUUACACGAUUCUAGCCGGAUUGGACGAGGAAGGCAAAGGUGCCAUUUAUUCAUUUGACCCUGUUGGAUCGUAUGAAAGAGAACAAUGUCGUGCUGCUGGAGCUGCUUCCUCAUUGAUCAUGCCAUUUUUGGAUAACCAGGUGAAUUUCAAGAACCAGAUGGAUCCUGCUAGUCAUGGAACCGAGAAAAGACCAUUACGAUACUUGUCAUUGGAAGAAGUUAUACAACUUGUGAGAGAUGCAUUCACGUCUGUCACCGAAAGACACAUACAGGUUGGUGAUGGUUUGGAAAUUCUUAUUGUUACAAAAGAUGGUGUCAAGACCGAGUACUACCCAUUGAAGAAAGAUUGA